AGAAAAUGUCUGGAAUUCCGUUUCCGCUUUAGGGAGUGACGGAGAUUUUUCCUCCUCCCUGUUUUUUUUUUUUUCAUGAAAACUUUCUCCCGAACUUUAACUUCCCCGUAAGUCGGAGCGUUUUUCCCGGGACCAGAGAACCGCCGGCUCCAGCAUGGCCUCGUCGCCCCAGAAGUCGCCCUCCUCCCCGAAGUCCCCGACGCCCAAGUCCCCGUCCUCCAGGAAGAAGGACGACUCUUUCCUGGGGAAACUUGGUGGGACUUUGGCAAGGAGGAAAAAAGCCAAAGAAGUGUCUGAGCUGCAGGAGGAGGGGAUAAAUGCCAUCAACCUUCCUCUGAGCCCUUCACACUAUGAGCUGGACCCUGAAGACACGAUGCUGGAGGAGAAUGAGGUCCGCACCAUGGUGGACCCCAACUCCAAAAACGACCCCAAACUGCAGGAGCUUAUGAAGGUGUUGAUCGACUGGAUCAACGACGUUCUGGUCGGGGAGCGGAUCAUUGUGAAGGAUCUAGCUGAGGACCUGUAUGAUGGUCAAGUUCUGCAGAAGCUCUUUGAAAAGCUGGAAGGUGAGAAGCUGAACGUGGCCGAGGUGACCCAGUCGGAGAUCGCCCAGAAGCAGAAGCUGCAGACUGUUUUAGAGCGCAUCAACGACUCGCUCAAGCUCUCCACCAGGAACAUCCGCUGGAAUGUCGACUCGGUCCAUGCGAAGAGUAUCGUUGCCAUCCUGCACCUGUUGGUGGCGCUGUCGCAACACUUCAGAGCACCCAUCAGAUUGCCGGACCACGUUUCCAUUCAAGUUGUGGUUGUCCAGAAAAGAGAGGGCAUCCUUCAGUCCAGGCAAAUCCAGGAGGAAAUCACUGGCAACACAGAGGCUUUCUCCGGCAGACAUGAACGCGAUGCUUUCGACACCUUGUUCGACCACGCUCCAGACAAGCUGAACGUCGUCAAAAAGACGUUGAUUACGUUUGUGAACAAACACCUGAACAAGCUGAACUUGGAGGUGUCUGAACUAGACACACAGUUUGCAGAUGGGGUUUAUCUGGUGUUGCUCAUGGGGCUGUUGGAAGGAUACUUUGUCCCUCUCUACAACUUCUUCCUCACACCAGAGAACUUUGACCAAAAGGUCCAUAACGUGCAGUUCUCCUUUGAGCUGAUGCAGGACGGAGGACUGGAGCGGCCGAAGCCCAGGCCCGAGGAUAUUGUGAACUGUGACCUUAAAUCAACUCUGCGCGUCCUGUACAACCUCUUCUCCAGCUACAGGAACGUAGACUGAAUACGCAGCAGGAGGCAGCCCUCUACGCCAUGGACCACGUGCUACAGCGCAUCAGUAUAUGUUUGCUUCCAUUUCAUAUAUGAACUUCUUUUUUUGACCGAAUGCAUGAGUCACAUCUUAUAAGUUGGAUGAUAAAUCGCACACCAAUAUGUAUUCCUCUUAAUUUCUUGCAAAGACAAUAGGCAUGUAUACGUGUAUACGUUCCAUCAGAUGCUUCUGACUGAGUAGAAUAAAGUCACCAAUAAAGGUAUUGCCAUGGCAACUGACGUCGCCCUGGACUGGCGUCCCGGCCAGGAUAUUUUCAAGCUACAUUUGUAACUUUGAUUUGGGAAAGAAGCUGUUUUGCUGUAUUUAUUGUACAUUUUGAUACACUUUUUACUCCUUGAUUUUCCUUCUUUAUUUCCAAUCUGUUAAUGUCAUCCGUACGAUUCUUAAGUGCCUUUAUUUAAACAUGUGGACACCGUCAGCUACUGGGAUGCCUCUGUACCCCCCCGUCCCCCGAGUCGUCUUAAUGCUCCAGGUUUCCUUUGUUGAUGUAGAGCAACACUUAAAAUGAUUGACCAAAGCUGUUGGAUUCACACGGUUAAACAUGUACAAGUAAUACUGAGGAGCCACCUGCUUCAUUGUAUUUCCUUUUCUUGUUAAAUGUCUUAUUAUGCCUGCAGUGUCUGAAUGUCAACAUUUCAUAGUUAACCUCAAUUAAUUUCAGUUGUAUUUUUUGUAAUCUGAUGAAAUAUGACCCAAAUAAUUGAUUUGUUUUAAAUAUGCACCAUAUAAAUCUAAUAUUACCAGAUGAGCCCCCUUGUCAACUAUGUUUAAUAACGUUUUCUUUAAAAGCAGAAAGGCACUGAACUGGAAAUGUAACGGAGAGGUUCCUCGUCGUCAGCGUCUGGAUGGGCUCAGGCUCCAGCAUUAGUGUUAUCUAAACGUUGUCCGCUGUUCGGUGCCUCGCAGGUGGAAAUAAAGACCUCAAGUGAU